CAACAGAGACCAGACUCUGCUGGACCUGGACCUGGACCCAGCUGUGUGUCCAUGAAGAGUGACUGGUCCAUGGAUGAACCUGUGACCUUCAAACAAGAACAGAGGAGGAUCCAUCAACAGGGACCAGACUCUGCCAGACCUGGACCCAGCCGUGUGUCCAUGAAGAGUGACUGGUCCAUGGAUGAACCUGUGACCUUCAAACAAGAACAGAGGAGGAUCCAUCAACAGGGACCAGACUCUGCCAGUCCUGGACCUGGACUCAGCUGUGUGUCCAUGAAGAGUGACUUGUCUAUAGAUCGUAUGUUUAACUUCAAGGAUGGACAAAAACAUGGUGAACUGAUAGUUGAUCAGCAGAGGACAGAGGUUCUCAGUGGUCAGUCUGUCCAGCAGCAUGGAGCAGACCUGGACUCCAUAUUUAAGCUGCUGGAGGAGACCAUCAUCUGCUUUGUGCAGAACGAGCUGAAGAAGAUCCACAAGGUUCUGGAUACAGAUCACACAGAAGUCUCAGAGAGUCAGAGGGAGGAUGAGGAGCAGAAGAGCAGCAGAGAGGCCUUUCUGAAGAUCACAGAGGACUUCUUAAGGAGGAUGAAGCAGGAGAAGCUAGCUGACAAAAUCAGAGCUUUAGCUUGUCGACGUGAACUAAAAUCAAACCUGAAGAAGAAGUUCCAGUGUUUGUUUGAGGGCGUGGCUAAAGCAGGAAACCCCACCCUUCUGAAUGAGAUCUUCACAGAGCUCUACAUCACAGAGGGAGGGACUGGAGAGGUCAAUAAAGAACAUGAGGUCAGACGGAUUGAAAGAGCUUCCUGGAAACCAGACAGACCAGAAACAUCCAUCAGACAAGAAGACAUCUUUAAAGCCUCAGCUGGAAGAGGCGGACCAAUCAGAAGAGUGAUGACAAAGGGCGUGGCUGGCAUUGGGAAAACAGUGUUAACACAGAAGUUCACUCUGGACUGGGCUGAAGACAAAAGCAACCAGGACGUACAGCUCAUGUUUCCCUUCACCUUCAGAGAGCUGAAUGUGCUGAAAGAGAAGAAGUUCAGUUUGGUGGAACUCAUCCAUCACUUCUUCACUGAAACCAAAGAAGCAGGAAUCUGCAGGUUUGAAGACUUUAAGGUGGUCUUCAUCUUUGAUGGUCUGGACGAGUGUCGAGUUCCUCUGGACUUCCACAACACUGAGAUCCUGACUGACGUCACAGCGUCCACCUCAGUGGACGUGCUGCUGACAAACCUCAUCAGGGGGAAACUGCUUCCCUCUGCUCGCUUCUGGAUAACCACACGACCUGCAGCAGCCAAUCAGAUCCCUCCUGACUGUGUGGACAUGGUGACAGAGGUCAGAGGGUUCACGGACCCACAGAAGGAGGACUACUUCAGGAAGAGGUUCAGAGAUGAGAAGCAGGCCAGGAGGAUCAUCUCCCACAUCCAGACAUCACAAAGCCUCCACAUCAUGUGUCACAUCCCAGUCUUCUGCUGGAUCACUGCAACAGUUCUGGAGAACAUGCUGAACACCAGAGAUGGAGGAGAACUGCCCAAGACCCUGACUGAGAUGUACAUCCACUUCCUGGUGGUUCAGUCCAAAGUGAAGAAGGUCAAAUAUGAUGGAGGAGCUGAGACAGAUCCACACUGGAGUCCAGAGAACAGCAAGAUGAUUGAGACUCUGGGGAAACUGGCUUUUGAGCAGCUGCAGAAAGGAAACCUGAUCUUCUAUGAAUCAAACCUGACAGAGUGUGGCAUCGAUAUCACAGCAGCUUCAGUUUACUCAGGAGUCUUCACUCAGAUCUUUAAAGAGGAGAGAGGCCUGUACCAAGACAAGGUCUUCUGCUUUGUCCAUCUGAGUGUUCAGGAGUUUCUGGCUGCUCUUCAUGUUCAUCUGACCUUCACCACCUCUGGAACAAAUCUGUUGUCAGAAGAACCAACAACGAGCCAGUGGUCCAUACAAACAAACAAACCUGAACUGAAUCAUCUGCACCAGAGUGCUGUGGACGAGGCCUUACUGAGUCCAAAUGGACACCUGGACUUGUUCCUCCGCUUCCUCCUGGGUCUUUCACUGGAGACCAAUCAGAAGCUCUUAAGAGGUCUACUGACACAAACAGGAAGUGGUUCACAGACCAAUCAGAAAACAGUUGAGUACAUCAAGAAGAAGAUUGGUGAGAAUCUGUCAGCAGAGAGAAGCAUCAACCUGUUCCACUGUCUACAUGAACUUAAAGACCAUUCUCUAACUGAAGAGAUCCAAUGGUUCCUGAGAUCAGGACGCCUGUCCACAGAGACACUGUCUCCUGCUCAGUGGUCAGCUCUGGUCUUCAUCUUACUGUCAUCAGGAAAAGAUCUGGAAGAGUUUGACCUGAAGAAAUACUCUGCUUCAGAGGAGGCUCUUCUGAAGCUGCUGCCAGUGGUCAAAGCCUCCAACAAAGCUCUGUACGUGGAUCAGUAUAUAAAUAUUAAUAAGACAUAUUCUAAAGAGCACAAGACAAACAUGUUUAACCUUUUGUUCAUCUCUGUUUUCUACCUCAGACUAAGUGGCUGUAAACUCUCAGAGAGAAGCUGUGAAGCUCUGUCCUCAGUCCUCAGCUCUGUGUCCUCUCGUCUGAGACACGUAGACCUGAGUAACAACGACCUGCAGGAUCAAGGAGUGAAGCUGCUGUGUGAUGGACUGAAGAGUCCUCACUGUUCUCUGGAGACUCUCAGUCUGUCAGGUUGUCUGGUCACAGAGGAAGGAUGUUCUUCUCUGACCUCAGCUCUGAACUCCAACCCCUCCCAUCUGAGAGAACUGGACCUGAGCUACAAUCAUCCAGGAGACUCAGGAGAGAAGCUGCUGUCUGCUGGACUGAAGAGUCCUCACUGGAGACUGGACACUCUCAGGAUGGACCAUGCUGGAGAGCACAGGUUAAAACCUGGUCUCAGGAAGUAUUCAUGUGAACUGGAACUGGACACAAACACAAUGCACAGUUACCUCAAACUGUCUGACGACAACAGGAAAGUGACCCGUGUGACAGAAGAUCAGUCGUAUCCUGAUCAUCCAGACAGAUUUGAGUCCUGGUUUCAGCUGCUGUGUAGACCUGGUCUGACUGGUCGCUGUUACUGGGAGGUCGAGUGGAGAGGAAGAGUUAAUAUAUCACUGAGUUACAGAGGAAUCAAGAGGAAAGGCCACAGUUAUGACUGUUGGUUUGGAGAUAAUGAUCAGUCCUGGAGUCUGAUCUGCUCUGAUGAUCAUGGUAACUCUGUCCUUCACUGUAGGACACGAACACCCAUCAUGUCCUCUGUCUCUCACAGAGUAUCAGUGUAUGUGGACUGUCCUGCUGGGACUCUGUCCUUCUACAGCGUCUCCUCUGACUCACUGAUCCACCUCCACACCUUCAGGACCACAUUAACUGAACCGGUUUAUCCUGGGUUCUGGGUCUGUCCUGGUUCCUCAGUGUCUCUGUGUCCUCUGUAGGACAUGAAGAGACAGCAGCUUCAGUGGUGGACGAGGUCAAAGCUCGUCUCAGUCAUUCUUUGUUGAAACCAUCAAUAAAUAAAGACUUAAAAAAUCAA